AUGGAAGUGGUAGAACUUCGAGCUGGGACAUAUUUGCCGAAAAAUUCAUUUGAUUUUUCGGACAAAACGCAGAUCGAGACUGUAGCUGUAAUCGAAGCUAAUCUAUUAGGCAAAGGUAGAUUUGGUCAAGUAUUCAAGGGGACACUCAAGACUGCAUCGGCUGAAGGGUCUUUAACGGUAGCUGUAAAAACAAUGAACUCAAAUGCAGAUAGCUGUUAUUUCCGUUCUCUUUUGGCCGAGCUUAAAAUGUUGUCUCGUGUUGGACGACAUGAGCACAUUGUAAACCUUAUUGGAGCAUGUACUGGUGAACUCAAGCUUGGUAAACUUUACAUUGUUGUGGAAUUUUGUGCGCAUGGAAGCAUCGAUAAUUACAUUAAGGCCAGAAAAGGAUUGUUUCAAAAUAUGAUUGUUGGUGACCAAAUUAUCGUUACCAACCCAGUUUGUCACGAACAUUACCAAAAUUUUUACGAAUCUUUGACGACGUUGGAUAUUUUGAAAUGGGCGUGCCAGACAUCUUCCGGAAUGGAUUAUUUAGCAAACAAAAAAAUUAUACACGGGGACAUUGCAGCUAGAAACAUUUUGCUCACUGAGAGUAUGUGCAUCAAAAUUGCUGAUUUCGGUUUUAGCAGAUACUUAUACAAUGACCUUAAUUACAUCAAAAAGCAGGAGGAUCCAUUACCGUGGCGCUGGAUGGCCCCUGAAAGCCUAUGCUCGAGAGAGUUCUCAUCAAAAACAGAUGUUUGGUCGUAUGCAGUCACUCUCUGGGAAUUUUUCACCUUAUGCGAAAUGCCUUUCCGAGAAUUCAAUUGGUCGGUCGAAUUUGUCGAUUUGAUAAAAAGUGGACAUCGACUACGAAGACCGGUUCUUUGUACAUCUGGAAUCUACGAACUGAUGUGCUCAUGCUGGCAAGUUGAUCCGAAGUGCAGACCACAAUUUCGUGACAUUUGCGAAUAUUUCUCGCAAAUUAUUAAUGCUGCUAAGCCUGAGUCUCCUUAUGAUUAUAUGGCUCACAACACGUUAUACUACGUGUGA